AUGUUGGUUGCGACGUCGCCGCUGGCAGCGGGCCCGUUGCCCGCCACGAAGCUUAUAAAAGAGAGCGCCGCUCUGCUCCCACGCCCGGCGCGCAGCAAUUCCGACGCUCUCAGCGAGCUCUACCCGGGCAGCACCCGCUAUAAAAAGAUCAUCAUAGGAUGGCGGACGAUGGCGGCUGUGCGACAUGCAACCCUGGAAAGCGACUCGGCUAUGCCAUCGAGUGCCGUUGCCAAAAUAAUUAAAGAAAUCUCCGUCGAUGUCCCUCCGCCGCGCCCGCGCCGCUCUAAAAUCCUGUUGAAAAAAGUAUUCAAACUGACGGCAACG